GUACAGAAAUAACCCUCCACCAGAUCUCCGCCGGUGUGACGGCCAGCAGACCAGACGCAAGCGCUCUGAGCUACAGCCCAGAGUGCGUGUCUGUGUCAGUCUGUCCGUGUUCCGUACAAACUUGAUCAUGAAGGACCGGGGACAAGCACGUGCUGCGGACCACCCACUCACACGAACCUAGGAAGUAAUGUCCCACGUUGUAGUUGUAAGAGAAAGCUUUGCCUAAAAACCCGCCAAGAGAACUUACCGGACCUCGCCUAAUGCGUGGACAGCCCUUCCUGUCCAGCACACACGUGGGACUUCCUGACUGAGUUAGCAGGCCAUCGGUCUCGGUGUGUGUCACGAUGGAGUCUUCCUCCGACCAGUUUCUGGAGUUCCACCCCAUCCACGGCAGCAACAUGCGGCUGGACUACACGGGCACCCAGGCCACCCGCGUGGAGAGCUUCGCCAACGGGCUGUGCUUCAGCAAGCAGCCCCUGAAGCCCGGGGAGAUCUUCCUGAUCGAGAUCGAGGAGAAGGAGCUGGGCUGGUGCGGCCACCUCCGGGUGGGCCUCACCGCCCACGACCCGGCCGGCAUGGACGCCGUGCCCGAGUACUCCCUGCCCGACAUGAUGGCGCUGGGCGACAGCUGGAUCUUCGCCAUCACCCGCAACCACAACAAGGUCCCGGACGAGGUGGCAGCGGAGCCCCGGGGGGGGGAGGCGGAGGCGGGGGAGGCCGCGGAGGGGGAGGGCGGGAGGAGGCUGGGCGGGAGGGUGGCGGGCGCGGGGGGAGAGGAGGAGGCGGCGGCCCUGGCCCGGGUGGCGGCGUUGGCGAGGCAGCUGGAGGCCAACAGCAGACCCAAGAGCUUCUUCGUGGACACCCACCUGCACAUCGAAGACUUCCGCAUCCCCCUGGAGAAGCUGGUGGGCCGCAGCCGCCCCGGCCGCUUCAGCCACAUCCUGGACGACCUGUACAAGAGCAACGCCCUGCCCCCCACCGCCAGGCGCAGCCGCAUCGGGGUGCUGUACGUGCCCAGGGGGGGCGGCCGCGCCGACAUGCACAUCGUCAUCAACGGGGAGGACAUGGGGGCGUCGGCCAAGGGCCUCCCCGCCGACCGGCCGCUCUACGCCGUGGUGGACGUCUUUGCCGCCACCAAGACGGUGCGCAUCGUGCAGGUGGAGUACGGAUUCUCCUCUCUGCAGACACUGUGUAGGAAGACGAUCCAGAAGCAUAUCGUCCACAGGAUGGCGCUAGACUGGCUGGAACUUCCCGAGGCACUUAAACAUUACUGCAAAUAUGAGUGACGAAGGUUGCCCUGCCUGAGGCGAACUUUUACACUACAUGAAACACAGACGACAUAAUUUAUUUAUUUAUUUAUGUAUUGUAUUUUUUUUGUCAAAUAGCUUAUAGAUCCACCAUCAAUUUAAAGAAUGUAAUGACUGUGAAUUAAUCACGUGUAUAGUUUUGUUUUGCCUGCUUUCAGUAGGCUACCUUUAAAUUUAAAUUAGAAAAUAUAAUGUUUAAUAAAUUCACUGUGGUAAAAACUUGACUGUGUCUCUUCGCGUCCGUUCGUUUCUAUUACGUCAUGUGAUUCAAAUAGAAUGACAUGAUAUAACACAAGCACACACACAAACACACACACACACACACACACACACACACACACACACACACACACACACACACACACACACACACACACACACACACACACACACACACACACACACACACACACACACACACACACACACACACACACACACACA